UGCGCGCUUUCCGGCAAGAUCGCGAGGAGAGCGGCGCGGCGCGGCGCUUUCCGGCUGACCCCGGCUGUGCGGCGCGAUGGCGGAGGACUGGCUGGGCGUGGAGGCGGCCGUGAGCGCCAGCGAGGGCGAGGAGGAGGGGCAGGAGGAUGACGAGCGGCGGCACCGGCAGCUCCUGGAGGCGGUCAGCUCCCUCUCCGGACGGAGGCGGCGGAAGCUGGCAGAGCGUACGGAGGCAAGCGUGCAGGUGUCCGAGUUCAAUGUCAGCUGCAAAGGUGCUGGGGAGAAGCUGGUUCUGUCCGAGCUCCUGCAGCCCAUCCGUCCCAAAUCCGCCCUGAGCAGCGUGAAGAAAGAGCUGGCCAGAGUGAAGCAGAAAAAGGCAGUGGAGCUGCCGCUCAGCAAAGAGGAGGCAGAACGGGUUGUGAGGGAAGCUGCCUACGUCAGGACCUCUAAAGACGUGGGCAAAUGGCAGCAGGUGGUCUUGCAGAACCGACGGGCAGAGCAGCUGGUCUUCCCUCUGAAGCAGGAGAUUGCUACGGUUGUCCCCCUGGAGCAAGUGGCUUCAGCAUGGAAGGCCCGAACUCCCCUGGAGCAGGAGAUCUUUGGACUGCUCCACAAGACGCAGCAGCCCAUCACAGACCCGCUCCUGACGCCGGAGGAGACUGCCUCGCUGCAGGCAAUGAGCUUGGAGGAGGCCCGGCAGCGGCGGGCAGAGCUGCAGAAGGCUCGGGUCGUGCAGUCCUACUACGAAGCCAAGGCUCGGCGAGAGAAGAAGAUCAAAAGCAAGAAGUACCAUCGCGUGCUGAAAAAAAGCAAGAGACGCAAGGCCUUAAAGGAGUUUGAGCUGCUGCAUAAGUCGGACCCUGAGGCCGCCUUGGCGAGGCUGGAGGAGCUGGAGCAGCUCAGGAUGCAGGAGCGGAUGAGUCUUAAGCACCAGAACAAGGGAAAAUGGGCCCGUUCCAGAGCCAUUAUGGCUAAGUAUGACCUGGAGGCCCGCAAGGCCUUGCAGGAGCAGCUGGCCAAGAACAAGGAGUUGACGCAGAAGGUGCGGGUGGAGCUGCCUGAGGAGGAGCCGGCUGAUAUGCCUGAGGAGGACCUCACCUCAGUGACCGUCCCCACCGUCUCUGUGGGUGCCAGCGGAGCUAAUCCCUGGAUGCUGGGCAGGCCCAGUGACCCGGCUGAGGAGCCUGAGGUGCCAGAGGGUCUCGGAGAUGCUGCGGUGCCUGGUGCUGCGGAGAGCAAGGAGGAGGUAGAGGAGGAGGAGAUGUCGGAGGAGGAAGCUCUGCUACAAGACUUUGCGCAGAAACGGCACGUGCGGCAACAGCAGGCAGGGAGCCCUGAGGGACAAGGUGCUGAUGAGAGGGAGGCAGUUUCUGAACUGCCAGGGGACAGCCCCGUCCACCCCGUCUGUGCCGAGGAGCAGGCGAGCCUAGGGAUGGAGCAGCCUCCCCAGGCGCAGGAGGAGAUCCUGCUGUCGGAGCAGCUGGGCCGGGUGCGGACAAUGGAGGACGUUGAGGCUCUGGCCUCAGAGGAGCGUGUGGAAGAGCUGGAGAAGCCGGCGGCCACAAGAGCAGAGAAGCGAGUGCAGCAGCAGGAGGAAGGCAGAGCUGAGAACAGGCGUGCCAAGAAACCACCGGUCAAGAAGAAGAUGAUUAGCCUGCAGGCUGUGCUGUCUGGGAAGUCCCAGGAGGUUCAGUGCCCCAGCCUACCUGUGGUCAUGGAGGAGGAGGAGGGUGGCAUCGACCAAAGAGGGGUCAUCACAGAGGCCUUCGCCGGGGACGACGUCGUCGCUGACUUCCGCCGGGAGAAGCGGAAGGCAGAGCAGGCUGCGAAGCCGCAGCCGGUGAACCUGGUGCUGCCGGGCUGGGGCGAGUGGGGAGGGACGGGAUUGAAGCCCAGCGCUAAGAAAAUAAAACGGUUCCUGCUCAAGCCGCCCCCGGCGCCUCCCAGGAAGGACCAGCAUUUGCCCCAUGUCAUCAUGAGCGAGAAACGCAACAUCCACGUGGCAGCACAUCAGGUCAGCGAGCUGCCCUUCCCCUUCGAGAGGCACCAGCAGUUUGAGCAGAGCAUCCGGACACCCGUGGGCCCCACGUGGAACACGCAGCGUGCCUUCCAGAAGCUGACCGCCCCCCGUGUCAUUACCCGGGCGGGCCAUAUCAUCCAGCCCAUCUCUGCCGAGGAUGUCCCCGACGUGGCCACCGCAGCUGGCAGUGGAGCCAAGCCGGCGCUAGAAAUUGCGCCCAAGCGGCAAGAGCAGCCCUUUCGCCGCCCGCGCAAGAGAGCGCGAUAGCUCUGUGCCCGUGUGUCUCCAGUGCUCGGACUGGAGCAGGCGGAGGAACCGGGAGAGGCUCCUGGUUCUGACCGGUACCUUCUACCGCUUUCCCCGCAAUAAAAACUCCUGGGCUGC